UUUUUUUGUCGAACUUGACAAAUCUUGUGAUUUUUAUUUUUAUGAUUGUCAUCGCAUAUGUUUGGUUGCUAAACAAAUUUAUCCACAAAUUUCGUCCAUUUUCAGCUAAAAUCUGAGAAUUUGAAUCCUCUAUUUGAUGAAUUUCUCAAGUUGUAGUAUUUAAUCCAUGCAAUUUGCAUCGGCGAUGAUUGAAUAUUAUUAUCUGAUUUUGCAGCCGGCAUUCACCUAUCAUCACAGAUGGUUUCUCUUUAUUUGGUGAAUUGGGGGAAUGUCUAUUCAUGAAGACAACACCACACAAACUAAAGAUUCUCCAGUGUGUUGUUUACUCAGGUUCCUCCUCCUGUCUUAAAAUGGAGACCUCUUCAAAUUGGAGUCGCUACUCAAAGAAAUGGAAGAAUUCUGCUUUAGGUGCACGUGCGAGGCUGGAGGCUUUAUUAUCUGAAGCUACCAAUGCAACUUGUGCAGACUGUGGUGCACCAGAUCCCAAAUGGGUAUCUCUUACUACUGGAGCUUUUAUUUGUAUCAAAUGUUCUGGAGUUCAUAGAAGCCUUGGAGUGCAUAUAUCACAGGUAUUCUCUGUGAAUCUUGAUGAAUGGACACACGAGCAAGUUGAUGGUAUAACUGAAAUGGGUGGAAAUGGUGUUGUGAACUUGAAAUAUGAAGCCCAAAUUCCUGACAAGUAUAAAAAACCAAAUCCCAACUCUAGUGCUCAGGAGCGGACUGACUUCAUAAGGAGAAAAUACGAGCUUCACGAGUUCUUCAACACUCCUCCGUCUUCUUCCUACCACCAAAGUUGCGAUAAGAAACACCAUAAUGAGAAACCCGCAAUCCAUGAGCGUAGUCACCACAAGAAAAGAUCGGAACAUAAGUCUCACAAGAAACCUAACUCAAGCCAGGCAGGUAUGGUCGAAUUUGUAGGGCUGAUUAAGGUGAGUAUACUGCGAGGCACCAACCUAGUCGUCCGGGAUAUGGUGACUAGUGACCCCUACGUAGUCCUCUCACUCGGAAAUCAGUCAAUGAAGACGCGGGUUAUAAAAAAUAACAUCAACCCUGUAUGGAAUGAAUGCCUAAUGUUGUCAAUUCCAUCAGAUAUACCUCCUUUGAAGUUGUUUUUAUGUUGGCAGGAUGUGUAUGACAAGGAUACAUUCUCAACAGAUGAUUUUAUGGGGGACGCUGUGAUUGAUAUCGAACCACUGCUGUCGGUUGCUAGGGCUACAGAGUCAUCCUCCACCGGUGCGGUCACGUUCCAACCGGGUAGAGUUAAGCAAGUUGUUUGCAUUUCUUUACAGAAUGUUGAACGAGGUUCAAUCGAGAUCGAGCUUGAGUGUAUGCCUCUCACGCAAUAGCAUCAUCUUUUACUCUAAAUCCAAAUAUUACCUUUUUUAGUUUUUUUGCUUACGCUUGCUUGUAUAAUAGAUUCCAAAUUUUUAACUCAUCAAUUCAUAAUAAAUGUGGUUUGGUUUGGUGGA